CCCAAAUAUCAGCCCCACGGCGCGUUCGAGGUGGAAUUCCAGGGCUCUGCUCCAGCGGUCGUCGUCGUCACCACAAAAUCCAACCCGGUCGCCCCCCCACCUGGGUUCAUCUUCAUGGACCCUGUCUCCUACGUAGUCUCCCUGGGCCCCAACGUCACUGGAGCAACAUUGCAGAAGAUUGAUUUUUUCUUCGAUCCGACCGCGUCGUUUGUUUCCCAAGUGGACGUUGCUCAAGGCCGUAUCGGCAAGCUCUCCGCAGAGGGCACUUUCAUCGUCGACAACACAAUCGGCGAACUUGAGUUUGAGGCGGAAGAGAGAGAAUACACACUCACCGUGAACGACUUGAACGGUGAAUGGGGAAUCUUCAUCCCUGCCACGGCGGUGACGCUUAAGAGAGAGGAAGGCAAGGAGGCCAAAGUGGAGGUUGUCCUUCAAAGCGACUUUGGGAAAGGCACCCCGGUCUCUGGAGGAGAUUUCAAGAAUGACAUCGCUUUCCCGACUUCGGAUGUCGGUCUGUUCGAGCUCGAAUACAAUGCCUCCACCCCGAACGUACUCAGCGUGACGCAAAACAAGAAUCCCGCCGCUGCACCACCCGGUUUUAAGUUCGUCGACCCAACCAGCUUCGUCGUCAAGAUGGCUUCCCCGGUGCAGAACGCCACCCUCCAAAAAAUCGACUACAUCUUCUCCGCUGCCACCGCGGCCGCCAUCAACGUGAGCGCGGGUGUCAUCGGCAAGUUCGAUGCUGCGAGCAUGUCGUUCAAGGUCGAUGGACUGGGCGAGUUUGAGUUUGAGGCCGACGAAAACGAGUGGACUCUAACGGUGCAGGAUCUCAAUGGAGAAUGGGCGACUUUCAUUCCAGACGCUGCUGCAGCCCCUGCUGCAUUGCCUGAUGCGGUCGUACAUAUUUCUUCUGUAUGAGAAAGUCCAAUUCUACAGAGCACGUACAUACUCGCGAUGGUGUACGCUGCAGCUGUUGUACAUAACUUGUUUGAUACGGACGUAGUUCACCCAU